AUGGCUCGUUCCAAAAAAUCGCGUUCACGUCAAAAAAGCAAACGUCUUAGUGGUCAACAUCCCCAACAACGACCAGUGGUUGACGCACAAUCCACAUCUCAUAUUCAGCCGUAUGAGACCACUGACCACGAGGGUAUUCAAAAAGAUCAUGUUGUAGCAGAGAAUCAACUUGAGGAUCCUGGGCAAGAAAAUGAUACCACAUCAAAGGGCCAAAAAGUUGAUACCACACAAGAAGACGAUGCUGCACCCGAAAACCAACAAGGUGAUUCCAUACAAGAAGAUGAGGCUGCUCUAGAGAAUGAAAGAAGCGAUCCCCGGCAAGAAGGUGAUGCUACACCAAGUCAUCAACAAGGCCAUCUUGAGCAACGAGGUGAUAGCAUAUCAAAGGAUCAUCAAGGUGACCCCGAGCAACAAGAUGAUGCAGCAGCAGAGAACCAAAAAGAUGACCAUGAGCGAAAAGAUGGUGCUACAUCAGGUCACCAACAACAAGAUGAUGCCGCAUCAAAGAAUCAUCAAGGAGGCGAUCCCAAGAAAGAAGAUAAUGCUGCACCAGAGAACCAAAAAGACGAUCCUGAGCAACCUGAUGUUUCAACUUGCCAACAAGAUAAGGGUGAUACAGCUACAGCGUUGGUGACGGUGAGCGAUAGUUUGGAACAGGAAUUGUCACUAUGUAUGCAAGACAUACAAGAACUUUGGCGAAAAGCAGAAUUGGCGCUUCAGCAGCAGCAUACGGAGCAACAAUCAAGUAGCGUUAGCGAGCAGUUCAAUAACCUUAGUGAGAGAUUGAAGCUUAUUAAGCAAGAGCAGGAAGAGCAUCAUCGUUGUAUGCAAGAGAAACUGAACUUGUUGGAACAUCACACUCGCAAUAUCUAUCCAUUGCAUUCAAGUUCUCGAAAACAGCCAUCCACAAACCGACAAAAGGAUGAUCAUUGCCCAACCUCAGCAAACAGUGAUCAGCAACAGGCUCCUCAAUCCAUUCAUAGCUGCGUAGUUUCAUAG